AUGCAGUGGAAGUUCUUUAGGAAAAAUCAAGAAGAUCUUCCCGGAGCUCAAGCUACACUAAUGGGCUUGUACUACUCAUACUAUAAGACAAUCAUCAAUGCGCCGUCGUUCUACAAUGGCCUUCUGCAGAUAACAAACGACAACGUGACGGAAUACGGACACACCAUUAACACGUUGAAGCGAUUCAAUCUUUUAUCCAGAGCUAUGAACUGGAAGACGGAACGGUGUUGGAUCACCAACAGAGGGGAAGAAUUGAGCCCUGUCGAGAGUUGUGAAGGUAUCGGCAACCCUCACUAUUUCUACACUGAUCUACCGUGUUCGCUCUUGCUGGUACUACGGCUGGAUGGUUAUUUAUCCUUGGUACACUUGUCAGUGCUUGGUGGUGCCAUCGCAGUGUCGGCAUUCGCCUUCAAUCACGGUGAAGCGACAAGAGUGCAAUGGACACCACCACUUCGUGAAUCCUUCGCUUUCCCGAUGAUUAUCGCUCAAAUAGCCGUCGUCACGUACAUUCUGAAGAAUCAUCGUUCUGGACCCUUUUACGUUUUGACGAUGGCCGUUUUCGGUUGCUUGUCGUUGCUUUUUUGGCAAUUUUCUCAAUUUGCCUUUUUCACUCAAGUCGGUUCUCUAUUUGUCGUCUAUACGUCCGAUUUUAUUCCACGUCGAACGAUGGAAACAUUGCUCAAGGGACAUUUG